AUGCAAAUUCACUCUGAGUACACUUUCAACUUUGAUUGGGAAACUGUAGUUAAAGGAUUCUGGAGAAAAUACCCUUGCAAAGAAUUCGAUUUCAUCAAGUUUAACUAAGUUGUAGAUAUGAUCCUCGAUGACAAUAAUAAAAUGCAAAUUAAAAGAAUAGUCUAUGCACGUAAAUUCACUGUUUGGUGUUUGACAUUGGAGUAGAUCACAGUUGAUCUUGAAAAUAGGAGCAUGGAAAUGUAAACGAAAUUGCUUAAAUCAUGCAAACUCUAUCCUAAUCUAGCAGGCGAUGAAUCAAUUAUCUAUAAGGCAAUAGACGAUUAAAAAACUCAUUAUUCUGUAUCCUAUUCUGAUUUAAUUUAGAAACUAUUGUCAAAUUUCCAAUAAACUUUCAUAACAAAAUUAAUAUCCCAAUUCAACUCUUCUUUUAGAAAGGGCAUAGAAGUAGUAGAAGCCAGAUGUAGAGAAUUAUAAAAUAAUCAAUGA